AUAUUUGUUUUCGUCGCCAUCUUGGAUGUUGAGAGGUGUUGCAUCGAUGAUGGCCUGUCUACAUUGAACUGAUUUUAAAGAUGUGUGGACUUCUUUAUAUUCUGUCAUCUUGACAAUACCUUCCAGAUUGUGAUUAUUUAGCUACGCGAUUCAUCAAAAAUGGAUAAGCUCAAGAAAGAGAGGAUUCGAAAAGUGAAUCCUGUGUCACAAAAAGUCAAACUCUUCCGAGCAUCAGAGCCUCUACUAAGUGUCUUCAUGUGGGGGAUUAACCAUACGAUAAAUGGCUUGAACCAUGUGAACCUUCCUGUGAUGUUAAUGCCUGACGAUUUCAAGGCGUUCAGUAAAAUACGAGUGGACAAUCAUUCUUACAACAAAGAAAGUAUGCCAAGUCAUUUCAAAGUAAAGGAAUACUGCCCAGUUGUGUUCAGGAACCUUCGAGAGAGAUUUGGAAUUGAUGACCAAGAUUACAUGAAUUCCUUAACCAAGCAGGCAGUUGAUGUGGACUCCCCAGGUAGGAGUGGGGCCCGUAUGUUGAUGUCUCAGGAUAAAAAGUUCUUUGUGAAAACACUAGUCAGUGAGGAAGUGGAGCAGAUGCAUCAUCUACUCAAACAGUACCACCAGUACAUUGUAGAGACUCAUGCCCAGACUUUACUGCCUCAAUACCUCGGCAUGUACCGGAUCACUGUCAAUGAUGUUGAGACCUACCUGAUUGUGAUGAGGAAUGUGUUCAGUCCCCGGCUGGUCAUCCACAAGAAAUAUGACCUCAAGGGAUCAACAGUUGACCGUCAUGCCAGUGAUAAGGAAAAGGCGAAAGACUUACCUACGUUUAAGGAUAAUGACUUUAUUAGUGAUGGCCUAUCACUAAAGAUUGGGAUGGGUGCUAAGGACAAGCUGAUGGCUACACUUACCAAGGAUGCAGAGUUCCUGGCCAGCCUCCAUCUGAUGGACUACAGUCUUAUUGUGGGAAUCAACGACUGUGAGCGAGCCGACCGUGAGGCCACAGAGGCUCUUGUACAGGAGGAACCAGAGGAGGAAGAAGAGGAUGAAAAUGAUACAGAGAAUGGGAUUUUAGAGGAUGACGAGUAUGAUUAUGGAGGCGUGCCAACUCCACCAGAUAGUCCCCAACCUUUGGUCACGCCCCCAUUUGCAGGAGAACUGGACAGUAACCUGGAGAGAUUUGGUAUAAAGAGUAGGGAGGAUGCACCCAAGAAGGAGAUAUACUUUUUAGCAAUGAUAGACAUUUUGACUAAGUACGGAGUGAAGAAGAGGACCGCGCAGGCUGCAAAGACCAUGAAGCAUGGAGCUGGGGCGGAAAUCUCCACCGUCAAACCAGAACAAUACGCAAAGCGAUUUCUUGACUUUAUCAGCAAGUGUCUAGACUAAAUUGCCCUUUGCAUGAGAAGAAGACAUACACCUGAUAAGGAAAGUGAUUUCUAAAGAAGAAAAUACCCCUUAAGAUGUACUUCCUCAAGACUUUUUAAUGGUUUUUAAGCACUAUGUCUCUAACUUUAGUUCAAACUUUUUCUCUUAUUCUUUUGUACAUUUGAUGUGAAGAAAGAUUCAUUAUUGAGCAAAAUUCAAAUUUGAACAAGGGUGAUAAUUUCAAGGGGAAAAAAAUACUUAAAAUUGAGAAAGCACCAGCUUAAAAUUUGGUAUCGAUAUUUUCAUAUUUGGUAUUGAAAUUUCCAAUGAUUAUGUAUGUAAAGAUACCAAUCUUCAAGGUGAACUUAUGUUGUGGUGCUUUGUCUGUUGUCAGUCAGUUGGCAGUUGUCUGUUGUCAGUCAGUUGUAUUCUGUCAACGUUGUCAGUUGUCUGUCAGUGUUUGCAUUCAACAAUAUCUCCCAAUCUGCCGUAAGGACCAACAGCUCUACUAAACAAGAGAAUAACAUUCCUCGGUUUCUUCUCCCAAAUUACAGACAGAUUUCAACAUAAAAGGUUCACCACUGAAAUAGCCAGGUGAGAAAUUCAAGGCCGUAUUGUCUCUAGCGUAAUUGUUUAUAAUAAUCUUUCUUUGCCUCAGUGUUGUAAGAAUAUUAGGACACACUGUUUAUAUAAUCCAUUCACAGUAACUUGCUUAGUCUGAAAAUGUGAUAUAUUAUUGGAUAGGUAUUUUGGAACUUGUAAAUCAUUCAGUAGUUUCACCGACCCAUCUGCAGCUUUCUUUGCCACCGACAAUGUUAUGUACUGGUGGUGUCUUCACUUGUCCAAUUCUCACCGUGAAUAUAAAUGGCUAAAUAUAUGUAACAGAUGUCAUUAAAUACUCGCUGAUACUUGCAAAGGAAUCGCUUUGACCCCUGGGAAACAUGGUACGAGUUCUUUCCUGGAGGGGGAGUAUGUCACCCUGGUAAAAUACUAACAGCUUCCUAUCGACUCGGCUAGGGAGAACUUUUUUUUAGCUCAUUCGGUAGAGCAUAAGACCAGUAAGCUAGAGGUCUCAGAUUCAACUCCUAGCAGAGGCAUUGAAAUAAUAAUGACUUCUGUUACAUAUAUGACUCACUUAGUCAAACGCAUUACCUGCUUCUCACUGUGGCAGAAGACAAGGGAAGUAACUCUCGCCAUACAAUGUUGGUACAGUGUCCAAACAGACAGAGAAGGGGUAAACAACUACUAUGUUUCCAGUGGUGAUAAAGUAGGGAUCUAUACCUGUUAAAUAUAGUCAUUUAUUGAGGUUUUGUUGGUAGCUACAGUGACUACCUUCACAGCGUAAACAAUGUAGCUAUGAGUGAAAAAGUGCUUCAGGAAUCAAAAGACCAUGUACAAUGUAUCUAUAGAAAGCUGAUUUAGUGCCUGGGAGGUUUUAGUACAGUUGAUUUUUGUUUUUAUUUGCAACCUGACAAAAUAUGUCAUUUUUAUCUUAAGCCAUGUUUGCCAAUUUUUAAAAGUUGUCAUUAUAUUUAUAGGUAAUUUAAGCUUGCAAAAGGGUCGACAGGUAUUAUAUAAGGAUAGAAUAUGUACUAGUGGCAUUAUUUUGUGAGCAAUUCAUUCUGUGUUUUAAAACAGGCAGUCAUACAAAUGAUGCUGUCUAUUGAACAUUAGAUUAUCAACAUUUAAACCAGUAUUUACAUAGGAAGGUAUGGAUAGCAGACAUUAACCUAUUAUUUCAAUGUUGAAGUUACAAUGUAAUCAGUAUUAAAAGAAUUCUUUGAUGGGAACACCAGUGUAUAGCUUUGAUGGGAACACAGUGUAUAGCUGAAAGGGGAGGGUAAAACAGAGUUUUGUUAAAGCCAUGUCCUCAAAGGCAACAGUAAUGCAAGCAGCAUCAUAUAAUACUUAUAUCAGUAGUAAUGACUUAAGUCAUUGUGUUUGUGAAUACUCAUGAUACAUAAUAGAACUAUAACAGUUGACCCCACUAAAUUGAUUUCUUAAGGAAAGAGGAGGAUCCAACGAUUUUCACACAGUGAAUAAUAUUUUUAGACAAUUUUUUGUCUGAAUAAUUUAUGACAAGUUAUUGUGAAAAAUAUAAAUGAUGAUAAUACAACAAAUUGAGCAUUUUUGUAUUGGCCUGCCCUAGGUCAAUAUUUGCUAACUCUUUCAUUAAGUAAAGUCAUGUAUCAACCGCAUCAAAAUGUUGAAGAUGUAUGAUACAUUUCUGAUAUUAGGAAAUAAUAUAAGGAAAUUAUUGUGUUCAAUCCUGAGAUUAAAAGUUUGAAAUUGAACAUUCAAACAUUAGUAUGUGUUCAGAAAAGCAUAAGUAGGCGUACUUAUCUUAUUGUUGUAGUGUGGAUGAUAAAAACAAUGUGUUAUAUUAUUUUAUUAGGAAAAACUAUUAUAAUGAAGUAAGCAUUAAUUAGAGGGAGUCAGGACUCGGAAAUAAUUAUUUUAGCUGUACAUCCAUGAAAAAUUAGCUGUUUGUUGGAUAGCUAGAUAACUUGGGAAAAUGAUUUAACUCAGAAAAAGACCAAACUCUUCCAAACAUUUGUCUGACAGUGGUACAAUUGAAUUAAUGGAUAAACAAGACUUGUCUUAACACUUUCACCCCUAGAUAACUUUAGUGGACUCUACCGUACAUUGAUCUGGAUGAGCCCAUUAUGGUCUACAGUGGAGAAAGGGUUAAACCAAGUAUAUGUUUAAUAUGGAGGCAUUUAUUGACACUUUUUCUGUUUCAAAAUUACAUGUUGAUUAUAUAUCAUGAAUGUGGUUUAUAUUGGCAAUGAAGAAAUUCUAAGGUACAUGGAUGGUGUUUUAAUUGCUCGGUUGGAGAACUUUCUGUAUAUGAUAUAACUUCAGGCUUUAAUAGUGUCUAAGUUCUACUGUCAGUCCUAUUAUUCCAUUGUAAUUGCACAAUUUGUUAUGUCAUAGUAUUAUUGUCAUGAGUAUUUCAACCAUAUACCUUGUGUAAAAGUGACGGUCCUGUUUCAUGUACGUGUAAAUGAAAUCAAUAUAUAACCUUUUAUGAAAUCAACUAUUACACGAACUAUGUAGUAAUCAGCGUGUGAUGUAGUGAUCUUUGUUCGUAUGCCUGGAUAGGUUUUGUUACUAAUGUCCUGUCAUGUCCAUUCCGUCAGUAGCGACCUAUUUUAAUAAAAAUAAUAUUGAUAAAAUAUUAUAUAAAGGUCGAGAGAAUACCUUGAAUGAGAUUGUCUUUUCUAAGGUCAAGGCCAAGGUCAUUGUAAUUAUACAUGUUAAACCAAUUCAUUGACAUCACUCUAGCAACAUGCUGUGUAUCAGGAAAUUUUGCCCCUUUUAAUUUCUCUUGCCUUUUUCGCCCUCCCUAAUAAAACCUAACUUAUCAUUACAGUGCAAAAAAAUGGUGAUAAGCGAUAUAAAAAAAUAGUUAUCAAAUGUUAAGGCAAAAUUAACAAUAAAUGUUAUUACCCAAU